ACUAACUGAUUAAUUUGGUAUCAGUUUUACUAAAACAGUGCUCAGGAAAUCAAAAAAUCAAAUGAAAAAUAUAUACAAAACAAUGAAUGCUGUGAACUUUGUUCUCCUGGCAGUGACGGCGCUUGCGGCUUCAUCGUCCGCCGACUGCGACGCCUGUCUCCAAAGCAUCUGCUACAACAAGUCCAUCGUCUUGAAGAACACCGACAUCCAUGGAGGAAUAGACGUCUACCGAAAAACAAACACCCUGUACUUCCAGUACAGCAACAACUACGUCAAUGCGGGCGUCGGCCUCGACAACGGUAAGAUUACCAGGAUCCCUGACAUUGACUUCCCGCUCACCUCAUGCAGGGCGGUGGACCAACAGACGGGCCAGGUGUUCCUCGGUACCACAAGGGGACUCUACGAAUACAACCCUGCAACGGACACGUCGCGAUUUCUCGGCCUGAAGAGCGAAACAAUAUGGCUGAUGCAGCAUAAUAAGAAACUCUACUAUUCCAAAUUACCCUAUGGCAUGUGCACAGUGGACAGAGACUACAACUGGGAAUGCAUAAGAGCGUUGAGAUACGUUGAAAUCGACGAUUUCGUGGUUGAUAAGAAAGAUGACAUUUACUACCGAAGCGGCAGCAAACACUAUCGCCUUGCGAAUAACAGCGAUGUAUCGGAGUAUCUGUUCACGCACAGGUUUGCCAAAUUAGCAGUGGAUAAAAAUGGUGAAUUAUACACGUCGAUUUUCAGAAACUUAUCCAAACUGAAUUACGAAAGUGAUGAUUUUGAGCCUAUUGGCAGUGUAAAGAAGGUUAAUAUGUUUGAGUAUGUGUUUGAUAGCAACCACCACAUUGUAUUUCACGAUAUUCAAUCGUCACCAGCGAGUAUUUUAAAAUUAGUCCCUAAUGGCACAUGUUAAGGAAACUAAUAGACU